GUCGAAUUUGGAGUUCAUUUCUGAAGAACAGCUUCAACAGGGGGAGGCAAAAGCCGCCUAUACCACAUUGUGGUGGACUAUUUGGGAUACUAUACGGGGAAAAGGCUGACCACUUUCCUGGUCAUGUCCAGGAAUGGGACAGCCAGGGACGGAUGCAGCUCCUCCAACAGCACUUCUGACCAGACGCCCCUGUCUGUCAAGGACUCCGUCAUCUCCAUGAGCGUGGGCAUGCUGUCCAACAUGCUGGCCCUCCUCAUCCUGGCGAGGGCCUACCGUCGCUUCCGCCUGAAGACCAGGGCCUCCUUCCUGCUCUUCGCCAGCGGCCUGGUGACGACCAACUUCCUGGGCCACUUCAUCAACGGCUCCCUGGCGGUAUACGUGUACAGCGUGGACAUGGACUGGGGGGCGCUGGUCCACCGUCGCCUGCUCUGCGACUUCUUCGGCGCCUCCAUGGUGUUCUUCGGCCUCAGCCCCCUGCUGCUGGGCAGCGCCAUGGCGGCGGAGCGCUGUUUCGGCGUCACCCGGCCCCUCUUCCACUCGGCCGCGCUCACCUCCCGCCACACCAAGAAGCUGGUGGGCCUGGUGUGGCUCCUGGCCGCCUUCGUGGCGCUGCUGCCCGUCCUCACCCACCGGUCCUACCACGUCCAGAGCUCCCAGAGCUGGUGCUUCUUCCGCCAGGAGGGGACGCAGCACUGGCUGGACGUCCUCCUCCCGCUGCUCUUCUCCGGCCUGGGCCUGCUCUCGCUCUCCGUCUCCAUCCUGUGCAACGCCGUGACCGGGCUCACGCUGCUGCGCUCCAAACUCCACAGCACCGGGAGCUGCAAGCGCACCACCCAGCACCUGGAGAUGAUCUGCCAGGUCCUGGCCAUCAUGCUGGUGUCCUGCGUCUGCUGGGCCCCGUUCCUGGUCACCGUCACCAUCCAGACCACUCAGCUCCAGGGCCGUCCCUGCUACGGGCAGAUGCUGUUGGUGGUGCGCAUGGCCGCCUGCAACCAGAUCCUGGACCCCUGGGUCUACAUUCUCCUGAGGCGGGCGGUCGUGAAGAAGCUCUUCCUGGUGACCCGCGGGUGCUGCGGGCUGAAGUCCCUCUACAAGUGGAACUGCAGCACCCUGAAGGGCUCCAUGCGCGCCCGCAACUUCCCCCCGAGCGGGACCUACUGCGGACGCCUGGAGACGGGCUCCCUGCCGAUGACCCCGAUCAAGCCCGUGCCCUGCACCUGAGCGUGGGCAGGGGGAAAAUAAAUCCAGCCCCAGGCUUGCCUGCAAGUGAAGGCCCCAUUACCGAAGACCUCCCCGAGCUUUAACGUAGAGAGGGGAAGGAGGAAGACCCGGAGACAUAGGAAACAGGCUUACAUAUUGUUUACCCUCAUUCUACACUGUGAUACUCAUCUGAUGGAAUGUGAGUUUUUCCAUGGGAAUGCUGCUGGUACACUGGGUGGGGGAGGCAUGGGAAUGUGACCCUUCCUCCCUGGGCAAUGCUAUGGUCAGCAUUCCCCCCUCGGGACUUCUGGCCACGGGUGAUACUGGAACAGUCCGGAAGCUCCUCCAGACAGCGGGACGCAUUAAUGAUUGGGUGGAGAACGUACAGGCGAGGAAAUCUGCUCUCUUUCAAUUGCCAUUCUUUGACAAGUUGAGGCAUGAACUGGUUUUGUCACCGGUUUUGAGGUAUAGGAUCAUGAUUUGUUUUAAUUGACAGAAAAAGGCCCUGGUGGCGCAACACCUUUGUAAUUUUCAGUGUUAAUGUUGUAAAUGUGGUAGCUGGUGACGUAAAUAUUUCACUGUCAAUGUCAUUCAUGAGUGAGGUAGAGCUGUGAACUCAUAUUAAAACAUUUAAAUAAAGUACAUUAAAGACUCAUUUAAAACUACCAAAUGCCAACCCUGGUGUAAAAUCCAGCUUGGAAUUACCAGCUACUAGCUGUUUCAAAAGAUAGUUUGAGCUGGUCAACCAGCUACCAGCUGUUUCAAAACCUAGCUUGAGUUGUUUUUUUUUCAGCAGGAGGGAUACAUUCCACCUCACUACAAAGAACUACAAAGAAUAGUU